UGUGAAGAGCAGCUCCGUGCGGCUGUGACGAACAUCGCGCGGUCCUCAAUCGACUCGUAACGAGCGCAAAAAUAAAUUUCCCUGGAAAUUUAGCGCGCUGAAUUGUUUGAAAAUUUCACCUCCGCGCUUUGAAAAAAUUUCCGCAGCGCUCGCGGAAUAGCCCCGUGAUUUUUUCCUUGUUCACCGGAGGCCCGGCCGGUUUUUUUGCCGGCGUCUGCGAAAUCUGCUCGCUGUCUGCGAGUUCCGAUUCAGGAAAUGUGCAAUUUUAGCUUGAGAUAGGUUUUUUCGAACGUAUUGUUUUGGUUGUCGCCGAUUAGUUGAUUCUUGAGCGUUCGCUCUGGGCGAUGUGAGUAUGUUCGGUUUCGAUGGAGAUGACCGUGGCCCGCGCCGGCCGGCUUCCCGGAUCGGGAUGAGAGAUUCGUGAGGGCGCGGUUGGGGGGACCCGCUGGCCGGGCGGCGCGGGGAAUCCGCGGGGUGGAUCCGCGGCAUGGCGUCCCGCCCCCGCCCCCAAGACGAGGGCAGGGAUCUCUGGGGCUGGUUCUCCGGCCUCGUCGCCCUCGGAGUCUACCUCAACACCCUUCAAGCCGGAUUCGUCUACGAUGACAGUCGAGCCGUUUUGGGGAACCCGGACCUGCUCCCGACGACACCCAUCCGAAACCUGUUCAAGAACGAUUACUGGGGCACGAGCCUGGAUUCGAACAGCUCCCACGGCUCCUACCGCCCCCUGUGCGUGCUCAGCUACCGGCUCAACUACCAACUCUUCGGCUUCCAACCCUGGGCCUUCCACGGCACCAACAUCCUCCUCCACGCCCUCGCCACCUACCUCGUCUACCGAACCGUCAAGACCCUCUUCCUCCAGAAAAACAUAUCAAUCUCCACGAGCCUCCUCUUCGCCGUCCACCCGAUCCACACCGAGAACGUAGCCGGGAUCGUCGGUCGCGCGGACAUCCUAUCGUGCAUCUUCUUCCUCCUCUCGUUCCUGUUCUACCUCAAACACGUUAGAGUGCGCUACCGCUGCAUAAAGAGCUUCGCGGAGCCGCCGCGAGAGAGCGCGCGGAAGCGGUGGGCAGAGGGCGCGAGUUGCGCGACGAGGAACGAGUGCCUAAAGUGGUUCUGGCUCUGCAGCUCCCUCCUAAUGGCGGUCUGCUCCACCCUCUGCAAGGAAACGGGCAUUACGGUGCUGCUGGCCUGCGUCGGCUACGAGUUCAUCCAUUACUAUCAAUUUAGGAAAUUGCUGCCCUCCAUAAAGCGCCGUAUCAUCAGCCAGAGCCUGGUCUUUGUCCUCGCCUCGCUGGGUCUCCUUUUCCUCUGCCGCCUCCACCUGAUGAGCUAUCGGUUGCCGACCUUCGCGACGGCCGACAACCCGACCGCUAAGGAGCCCCGUCUCCUUGUCCGCCUCCUCACAUUCCUCUACCUCCCAAUUUUCAACCUGAAACUCCUUCUCCUCCCGAACAACCUCAGCUUCGACUGGUCCAUGGACGCCAUCCCCAGGAUUAAAACCCUCUUCGACGUCCGGAACCUCUACACCGCGGCGUUCUACACAGCCUUAGCGAUGAUCGUCCGCAAAGCGACCAACAGCCUCAGGAAAAGUGACACGCGGUGCAACGCUAGUAAUAUCUGUGAUACGCGGACUAGGUACUCGCCGCAGAAGAAGUGCGCGCAGUGUAACGAGUCCGUCUGCGGGCUGGAGGACUGCGGGUUCCACGCCAACAACAACACGAUCCACAUCAACAGGAACUUCCCAUCCGGCCCGCAGAGCUUCGGCUCGAACGCGUACGGGAAAGUGUGUUUCCAAAGUUCCUCGCUGCGUUUCUCGCGCAAGAGUGAGGUGGUGCUGACGGUGUUGGUUUUCCUAGUGUUCCCGUUUCUGCCCUCGUCGAAUUUGCUCUUCUACGUGGGCUUCGUCCUGGCCGAGCGGGUGCUGUACAUCCCGAGUCUGGGGUUCUGUUUGGCCGUCGCGUACGGCUUCCACGUUCUGUCGUCCAGGACUAACCGCAGGAAGGCGAGUUUCUGUUUCGUCGCGCUGUUGGUCGUCUUGAGUGCGCGCACCGUUCACCGCAACCGGGACUGGUUCGACGAGGAGGCCUUAUACUCGUCCGGUGUUUCCAUCAAUCCGCCCAAAGCUUAUGGAAAUCUUGGCUCAGUAUUGAGUUCCCAAGGACGGAUUCAAGAGGCAGAGAAGGCAUUCAGGAUGGCCUUGAGCUUUCGACCAAAUAUGGCGGAUGUCCACUACAACUUGGGCUUGCUGUUGCAAGGGAAAGGCAGUCACGAGGAGGCAAUUAUAUGUUACAAACUUGCGAUCCAUUACAGACCAUCUUUAGCCGUUGCAUAUUUAAAUUUGGGUCAGUUGUUAUCCACUCAGGGGAAGGAACAGGAGGCUGAACAAAUCCUGACGAAGGGCUCCCAACUUCCGGGGGAAGGAUUGAAGGACCCUAAAGCGCACAUGACGGCGCAAGUCUCAGCGAUGGUGCACUUGGGUCAGUUGUACAUGAAACGAGGCGAAUUCGAGUCAGCAGCCAAUAGCUACCGUCAGGCAUUGAGGCAUGUCAACAUUUACCCCCAGCCACAGGUUUUGUAUAGUCUCUUGGGAGAGUCGUUGUCACACCUGGGUUUCCAGGCAGAGGCGGAGAAAUGGUAUCAGACGGCGCUUCAAGUGAAACCGGACCAUGUGCCUGCCUAUCUCACCUACGGCAAAUUACUCGCUAAAAAUAGAACAAGACUGUAUGAAGCAGAACACUGGUUUAGAAGGGCUAAGAAACUAUCCCCCAACGACCCACAAGUGUACCAACAUUUCGGUCAAUUCCUGUGCCAGAACGAGCGUUUCGCCGAAGCCGUGCCAAUUUGGAUCCGGGCGACGGAGCUCGCCCCGCACCAGAACGAGCUCUUGAUCGGGGCAGCCACCGCCCUCCGCCAAGCCGGCCAAAUCGCCAAAUCCGAGAAGUACUACCGCAAAGCACUCAUGCACAGCCCUUGGGACCCAAACAGUCAUAGCAAUCUUGGAGCGAUUCUUCACUUGCAAGGAAAGUAUAGUGAAGCAAUAGUUCACUAUAAUGAGGCACUGCGCAUCGAGCCUGAAGACCAGAUAACGCUUCAAAACAUCCAAAAACUCCAACGAAUUUUGUUGAGGCGUAAUUUAAAAACGUAAAAGUAUAACAGUGCAAAAUUGGAUAAAUUAUAUUCUCUUGGAAAAGAAUUAAAUUGUGAACGAGUUCAGUUUUUUCCCGCUUGAGGCGGGAAAAAGUGAAAUACGCGUAAGCAGCUAGAGAUACUUCAGCUCAGACGAAUUAGCUCUAUCUCAUCUGACGCAAAGGUGCAAAGAACAUAAAAACUGACAGUUGAAGAGAAAAUCAAAUUUAGAAAAGGGUAGAUAGCAACAUCAAAAACUGAAAUUUAAUAUUUUUGACCCCAAUACAUCUCAUUGCACUAAGUAAUUUGAGUAUCCAACAGCGGGCUCUUUUGUUAGACCGCAUCACAAGUUGUGGCAAACUUUUGAAAACACAAACGUUACAUUUGGCCCAAAAGAAUUUAAUUUGGCCAGUUGUCACUGACCAGAUGAGUUUAACAUCUAUUAAAUCAUUCUCAGUCCUUGAACAUUUGUUCAUCUGCCUUUGAAAAAUUCCUUCAAAAGACUUCAAAAGCAAAUUUCAAUCAAAAAGGUUUGAAGUGAAACGAAGAGGAAUGUUUUGUUAAAAAUAAUUGUUCCGCUCAUUUAUUGUAUCUCUUUUGCUUUUAUGUAAAAGAUCUGUAGCCAUCCUCAGGAGGAUUUCAAAUACUACACGAUAUUUUUAACUAUACUAAAAUACUUCAUAUCAGGUUCCAAUUAAACCCAUGUCUAGAGCGAUAGUGAAGAUUUCAUAUUUUUUUAAUGACUGAAGAACAACACUACAUUGAAAAUACACGCCAGUCAUAAACUUCCUAUCAAUGAUCAUGAAAUGAAAAUAUUGUAUUUCAUGAGCUCAUGUUUUAUUUUAGAUUCAGUCUAAAACAAAAAAUAGAUUUUACCUAUAGAGGAUUUUUCAUUGUUUUAUUUUUUUAAUGAUAGAUUUCAUGCGUUUUGAAUCAACGUAACUUAUCAUUUUUAUGCGAAGUCAUGUUAAGCUUCUUCCGAUGAGCUGUUUAUUCAACAAUUUCAACCUAUGUGCACUUGACUGUCCAGAAAAUACGAAGAUGAUUCAAAUAAAAUGCGAUACUCUUGUUUUU